AUGGUGACAGUUAAGCUGCAACCUGCGUCGUUGCAAUCCAACUGCUUGGAGCUGAUCAUGGUGCAGAUCUUACUCCGAUACAUCGCAUGUCAUGGCUCACGCUACGAAGUGUUAGACCUACUGCAGUUUGGUACACCGGAUGCAGUCGUGUGUCACUCGUCAUCAGGAAGCUUCUUCCAUCGACCUCCGUCCACGAUAACUCUGUCGACACGUAAGGUGGAGCCGUUGGGCGGAUACUCGCUGGUCCUCACAACGCAACCGCUGACACGCAAGCCUCUGGACAAGGACGCUGUACAGCUUCUGCUACUCAAGACGGGCUCUGCAGGAAGCUCAGCUCUUCACGCGAGAGUUGUUCCGCGUUGCUGCUCAACACUGCGAACGUGA